CGUCGGUUCCUGCCCCGGAGCGAGACGUGGACCCUGGCGGUGAGACGCCCUGAACCGAUGGGCUUCGCCGUCUGGGUCCUGCUGGGCCUGCUGGCACCUGGCCCGCUGUGGGGUUCCCCCCCGCGGCUGGAGGUGCGGGAGGCCGGGGGUCAGAUCCUGCUGCUCUGUGGGGCCCAGGGCCCCCAGCUGCGCUGGGUCUGGUCCCCCCGAUACCCCAAAUGCGCCGGCGACCCCGGAGACCUGCUUGAAAUCGCCCGUCUGCCCCCCGGGCUGGAGCCCCCCCCAGCCCAGUUUAGGGGGCGCCUGGACCCCCAGUCCUCCAGCCUGGGGGCCCUGCUGCUCCGGGACCUGGUCAUGAGCGACUCGGGGACCUUCACGUGCCACGGGGAGUCUGGGGCCGAGCCCCCCAUCCGGCUGGAGGUGACAGGAGGCUGUCAGAACAAACUCACCGUCUCCUCCAACCGGACGUCCCCCUCAGCCCUGACCCUCCACUGCCAGCGCUGCCCCCUGCUGGCUGGCUCGGCCCAGUUCCGCUGGUUCCUCAACUCCCAGCCCCUGGGCAACCGGGGCUGGGCUACCAAGAGCCAGCUGGGGGCUACCGUGAGGCUGGACCCGUCCCGGCGCGGGGCCUGGGGGCACUGGGAAUGUCACCUCCAUGGCACCUCCUCUCGGGGCUUUGAGUUCUGCCUGGAGCCCCCCCUCGGGGCAGGAGGCGCAGGCCCCAGCUCUGAGUGUUGGAUGUGGGUCACGGCACCAAUGGCGGUUCUGGGUCUGAUCGGCGCAGGGCUGGGCGCUUGGCACCUGUGGAGGUGGAGACGGAGACGGGGCAGUAACCAACGGAAUCAAAACAAACGAGAGAACGAAACAGGUCCCAGGCACCCUGCUUUAUGCUGAAGUCCAGCACCCACCGGUGGCUCGAGCCCCCCCCCCCCCCCCCCCCCCCCACGGCACCACGGUCUAUGACACUAUUGUCUGACCCCUACCCGCCCCGGCUCCACUUCCCCCUCCUGUCCACCCCCUUCAUGAGUUGCAUUCACACCCUGGCUCCCGUCCCAGGUGAUGGGAAAUUCACCUGGAAGAUGCAAGAAAUCUCUGUUAGAAUCUUGUGGUGGGGAGUUCCGCAAGUUAACGGAUUGUGGCAUUAAAAUCUGCCCUUGAAACCCU